CAAAAUGGCCGCUGACAUGUUGGCAGACUUUCCGGUGUGAGUUUAUCUUACCCACCUAAUUACCCAUCAUUAAGAAACUUUAAGCAUGAUGUGUUUGAACAUUCCGCAUUCCAUCACCAAAGUGUGACUUUGAUCUACAAUUGAUCUGUACUGAGGUACAGCUGUAAUGGCUGAGAGGGAUCAAGGUGUAUACAACCUCCGUAAAAGAAUGGUCCCCACUCGCCCCACCUCCAGUCCUAACCCUCUUGCCAACAUUGCCAUGACCUCCUUUAGUGAACCAGCCACAAAGCUCAAUGAUCUGAAAUCUAAACAUUUGAAUGGGGGAACAUUAGCACAGGAAGGUUCUCCUCAAAGAAACGAUGAUGAUGACGAGGACGAGGAGGAAGAGACUAUAUUUGAUGGUACUGUUGACACAAGACCAUUGUUAAAUGCUAGUUCAUCUCCAGACAGUGAUCCUGAUUCAGGUGAUGUGGAAGCUAAUGAAAAUAUCAGGGAGGAGACCUGGUUUGAGAUGUCACUUCAGGUGUUCUUACCCUAUAUUGUGGCGGGCUUCGGGACUGUGGCAGCUGGUAUGGUGCUAGAUGUUGUCCAGCAUUGGGAUGUGUUUGUAAAUGUAUCUGAAGUGUUCAUCCUCGUCCCCUCACUACUUGGACUGAAAGGAAACUUGGAAAUGACACUUGCUUCACGUUUAUCGACACAGGCCAAUUUGGGAAAUCUGGAUAUUAAGAAAGAAAUGUGGAGUUUGAUAUGUGGCAAUAUGGCUCUAGUUCAGGCUCAAGCGAUAGUCGUUGGUUUCCUUGCGUCCAUGGUUGCCAUGAUUAUGGGAUGGAUCCCUCAGGGGAAGUUUGAUCUCUACCACGGUCUGUUGCUGUGUGCCAGCAGUAUGUUCACUGCAGCUGUAGCUAGUUUUGUUUUGGGUGCUGUGAUGGUCGGCGUAGUUGUAGUCGCCAGAAAAUUAAAGAUAAACCCCGACAACGUGGCCACACCUAUAGCAGCCAGUCUUGGCGAUCUUGUUACCCUGUCACUACUAGCAGGGGUUAGUCUAGUCCUGUACAAUUCUAUACUAGUAGGUAAACAUUUAUGGAUGGCGCCAACUAUCAUAGGUCUACUUAUAGCCCUCAUACCUCUGUGGCUGUACAUAUCUGUAAAAAAUAAAUAUACCAACAAUGUUGUCUACUCAGGAUGGACACCUGUACUAAGUGCUAUGUUUAUAAGUAGUGUUGGUGGCCUAAUUCUAGAUUUUACUGUAGCUAAAUAUCAUGGUAUUGCUGUAUUUCAACCUGUGAUUAAUGGGGUAGGAGGUAACUUGGUAGCAGUACAUGCUAGUCGUCUCACUACUUCACUUCAUCUAGUCUGUAAGCCUGGAAAGCUGCCUGCAACAGCCACCCGUGGCUGCCCUAACCCAGGCGGGGCUUUCUGUGGGAAAACUUCCAACUCUAAAGCUGCACGAGUACUCCUAGCCUUAGUGAUUCCUGGACACCUUAUAUUUAUGUUUACCAUAUCGUAUAUGAAAGCUGGACACACGUCCAUCACAAUAACAUUUGCUGGCAUUUAUCUCGCUGCCUCCAUGCUUCAGGUGAUUAUCCUGCUCUAUCUUGCCCACUGGAUGGUACAUUUUGUAUGGCGUCUUGGAGAAGAUCCUGACAACAUAGCUAUUCCAUACUUGACUGCGAUUGGUGACCUUCUGGGAACUGGAUUUCUUGCCAUAGCCUUCCACCUACUGUAUCUAAUAGGGGACAAAGAUGCUGAUGUUGGAGAGUGAUUUCUGGCCUGUAUAUUUUAGGGAACAAAGAGUUGAAAGAUGCUGAUGUUGGAGAGCACUCUCAGGCCUGAAGAUCAUGACAGGAAUGCUGAUGAGAGAGAGUCCAGCCAGUACCUGACAUUUUGGAUUAAUCACCAACAACCUCACCAGAGUUUUAAUUUCUUUUUGAACACAGAAAUUUAAGAAAUACUUUGUAAAAUAGAUAAAGUACAAAUAAAAAGAAAAUGUGGACAUCAGAUCCAGAUCAUGGGUAGUAAAAAGACUGCGUUGAUUAAUGUAAGUAAAUUGAUUUUAAAGCCUAGAUAGAAAAUAAAAUAACGGGUUGUGGUAGAGAGUAACUAAUCCAGAGAGUGACAGGACUAUUUUGAUAGAAAAUGUAUUGUGAUUUUAGAUUACAAUGUAUAACUAUUAAGUGUAUAACACUCUUUGUGUAUAAGCCUAAUUAUAGAAAGAAUAACAAAUGAAAGUGCCGGUGUAAUGUGUACUCCACUUUUAUUAUUUCAAAAGUUAUGUUUUCAAGUAAAAUACAACUGUGUUGAAGUUAUGGUUUUAAUAUUGUUGAGAAUUUAAUGUUAUGUUACUAUAAAUUUCACAGAUUAAAAAACUGGGAAGGUAACAGUAUUGUGAUAUUUGGCUGUGGGUUACUCAGAGUAACUACUUAGGUGUGAUAUUAACAAGUAUCUAUAAUACAUACUGUUUGGGUAUCAGUGUGAUUGGAUGAUCUAUAGUCAAUCUUAUACACCAUAUGAUUCUCCAUAAAGUUUGUUAAACUGUAACAUGUACAUGUAGUAUUAGUCUGUUUUUGUUAAAGAUUUAAAGACAAUUUAUCACAGAUUUGUAGUAUUUUCAAAUAUUGUUGACAUGCUUCUUCUCUUCUACAUUCACAGAAAUAUAGCAAACAUUUGAUUUACUUCAAAAUUCCUUCCUAAUGAGCUGUAAACUAGCCAGUGUCACUUUGUUUCUCUGUGUGCUGCAGUUUUGCUCUACUUUCAAAUCCAAGGGUUCUGACAUUUUACCUUGCCAUGGUCUAAAUGAUCAUAAAUGUUCAGUCUUCUAAAUAGUGAAAUACAUAUAUUGCUGAAACUAGGGAAUGAUUAAUAUUCAUAGGAACCAGAUAUAGUUACACCUUACCCAUGAGUCCAGAGAUGACAAAAAACUAGGCAGCUGAGGCAAACACUUCAACAGCAACAAUGUUAAUAAAUAUGUGGUCAAUAAAACGUAAUGGGAAUGAAUAUUGAUAAUUACGACAGUAAUAAUACACUGAAUGUUUUAUCCGUGUUUGUCUCUCAUGAAAAAAGUCUAGAGAUUUAUAACUUGUAAUGGUCGAGUCUGUUGUUCUCUGGCUCUGCUUUGUUAAGAGCUGAGUGAUAUUUUGAUUGAUGUAUAAAACUAUGGCCUAGUCAUUGUUUUGACAAUAAACCCACCUUUAUCUACAACUAUUCAUGAAAUGACCAUCAUGUUAUUUCAUUAUCCUGUACUAAUCGCACUGCCUGACGUUUUGAUUACAAUGUUUUUUGUUGGCCACAUUGGCUUAUUGUGUGAAAAAAAUGGCAUAUGGAAUAUAUUUGAUGUAGUUUACCUGAUAUGUGUUCUCACAUAAUGUACAAGUUCCUACUGACUGAAGGUUUAUUGUUACCAUAUCAUGGAUGUGUUGGAGAUCUCUUUUUGUAUGUUAGCUCUGUAACUGUAACACAUUCCAACUACGAUUAUACCUUUACUUACUAAUUAAUUUAUUAAUAUAUUCACUAGGAAUGUUUUGUAUCUUGUUGGCUAGAGAAAAAAAUUGAAUAGGUGAUAAUGAAGUAUCUAUGCCAAAUCAGGAACGUUUCUUAUUCCCAAAAUAUUCUAAUUGAGAAGUGGGUGAUCUGGUUGUGUUAGGGUUGAAAUCUGUGUUGAAGGAAUGCUAUUUCCUUUAUGAACCAUUUUAACUAGUCAUAUUAAUUAAAAUCUCUCAUUUCAACUUGGUUGUCUGUACUAAGUGUAGCAUACAAUGCUAACCUUGGUUUUUGAAGUGAAAUGAUAUGAUUUUAACUUUAAUGCAUUCUUACAUGUAUUUGCGUGUUGGAAAUCAGGCUCUUAAAUAGAUAUAUUUAAUAAAAUGUCCAUUAAAUCUUGACAGAAUUAUUAGAAUAAUUCAUAUGAACAGAAAAUUCUGGUAAUGGUACCAUAGUUAGAAAUAACAUGUACAUUUAAUGUUACAUUGUUUGGAUCUGCAAAUUUUUGCUGAAUAUUUUUUCACUAUCCAGUAUAUUUGAUCUACUACAAAUUUACAAUGUUCAAAAAGAAACAAAUGAAAAUUGAAAAAUAUUGACAGCUGCAGUUAUAGUUUCUACACAUUUGUAUUAACAAAGUUUAAUGAGAAUUGAUACCAGAUUAAAACAUGAUACCAAUA